AUGACAGAGAGAGCGAGCAGCAGUAGAGGAACCAAGGCAAUGAGGUACAUGAAGGCACCUUUCAAGAUGUUGAUAAAGGUAAAGGACAUGUACAUCCGCGGCAUGAUCCGAUGUUCUACUGGCAUGGCCGGUAUGGAGACAACAAUGGGAUAUCCUACGCAGCUUAACUUCCCUACUCCUGAGAGUUUCAACGUAUACUCUAGAAAAUCUACCACAGACGAUGAUGAUUUCAAGGAGCUCGUAAAGUCUGCGUCGCUGAAGAUCAGACAAGGUGGGAAUGGCGUUGAUGUUGGAGUGAAAGCAAUGAAUGUGCCGCCGCGGAGGAGUCGUAGUGUUGGAAUGCCAACGAUUAAAGAAGAGGGUGAAUAUGAUGAGGAGUUUGAGUCUGGAGAUGAUGAUGCAGAUAUCAUUAUGAAGGUUAAUCCCAUUCUUUCACAAAGUAGAACUUGUGUCGUUCGUAACGGACCAAGUAUGUUUUAAUUGAUUUGUAAGGAAAGUGAAAUGGUGUUCUCUUUAUUGUAGCUGUUUUAAUUUGUGAAAAUCUUCAUGAGAUUGUUCUCUUUAGUUAGUUGGCUCAAGCUUAACCUUA